AUGAAUUUAGAUGAAUUCAACGAAUUAGUCAAGAAAAGAGAAGAUAUUGAAAAUGAAUUAAAGGUACAUAUGGAUUUUUUAGAAAGUCCUGAAAAUAAGAAUGUUGGUAUGAAAGGAAAUUUAAUUGAUUCAGAAGGAUUUCCAAGGAAUGAUAUUGACAUAUAUAGUAUUCGUGUGGCUCGAAAUAAGAUAAUAUGUUUAAAAAACGAUUAUAUAGAUAUAAAUAAGAAACUAGAAGAAUAUAUACAUAAGGUGCAUAGUACUCAUCCAGUUAUACGUGUCGAACGAAAUAAAAAUAUAAAUAAUGAUUUAUUAAAUACACCACAACAAAUAACAAAAGAAGAAGAUAUUCAAAACGCUAAGAAAAAUAUAUUUGCUAUUAUAGAUGAAGUUAUAGAUAAUUCUCCAUCUCAUAAAUCUGGAUUAAAAAUAAAUGAUCAGAUUUUUCAAUUUGGAGAUAUUAUUAAAAAAAAUGAAAAUGAACAAAAUAAUUAUUCAAAUAUACAACUCAUUAAAGAAAUAGGAAAUUAUAUGAAAACACAACCUAAACAAAUAUUAGUUAAAAUAUUAAGAGAAGAAAAUAUUCUAUUUUAUCAUAUAAUUCCUGAGCAGACACAGAAAGGUUUAUAUAUAGGAUGUCACAUAUCUCCAUAUGACAGUUCCUAA